GACAUAUGCCCUCCGACUCCGAGUGCAGUGCGGUGUUUGUUUUCUUAAAAUACUUUCAGACGCCAAUUAGUCUUACUAAUUUUAUACGUGAUUCCUGACUUUAAGUGCUAUUAGCAUGAAUGAGCCGGAGAUAGUGGACGAACGGCCCGAUCGGGUCAUAACAAAACAGCUCGUAAAGCCAGGCGACUACAACGUCGUACCGUACGAAGACGCGCGCUGCAAGGUCCGGCUCAGCGACGUUAAGUGCACCAACGCAGCUGGAGACUGCGACAUAGAGCCUGAGAGCCGGAUCUUCAGUAAAAGCUUCGACGGGAUAGUUCUAAUCGGUGACUCGGACUCUUUCAUUGAUAAAGAUUUCGAGUUGAUUCUGCAGCGUAUGUGUCGCGGGGAGACAUGUACGGCUAAAAUAGUGUACAAAGACGCUAAAGGGGAGCUUGUGAAGGAGAUAAGUUGUAAGAUAGAGUUAUUGGAAGCUAUGGAUGAGAUGUUGGUGGCGGACUGGAGUUGGGAGCGGCUGUACGAGGCGGCGCUGCACCACAAGGCGCGGGGCGUGGAGCUGGUGAAGCACAAGCGGGUCGCGGACGCCUUCCGCCGCUUCAACAAGGCUCUGAAGAUGCUGGUGGCCAUAGAGCCCAUAGAUCCCGAGAAGAUUGAUGAGGCUAGGGUUAAGGAAAUGAUUGACACUAAGAUAAAACUGCUCAACAACCUGACACACUGCCAGCUCCACUAUGAAGAGUACCAAGCAGCCCUUGAUCUCUGCACCUGCACCCUCAAGUAUGACAAAGACAAUAUCAAAGCCCUGUACCGCCGGGCCGUGGCCAAUUACGGGCUACAGAAGUACGAGGAGGCGUGGCUGGACAUCCAGCAGGUCCUCAAGCUGGACCCCAACGACAAGGCGGCGCAGCAGAGAGCCCUGCUGAUAGAACCUAAGAUGAGAACCAUUAAUAAAGAAUAUAAAAAUGUUAUUAAGAAAAUGUUUGGAUAAAAUGUACACAUUCACCUACAGCAUCAGCUUGACGUAUGACAUCACUGCGUAGUGGAGCUGGAGAGUCGGCCGAUGACAUCAUAACGAUGACCUUACGCCAGUCUCACUCGCCGCGCCGCGCCCGACGGUCGGCACUCGGCACGCACGCUAAACACAUAUUAAACAACAUUGAACUUUAGAAAAUGCCCACCUGCUGCUGAUUUACUUUUUUGUGUUCAACUUUUUACAAUGGCCA